AUGUCCUCCAACCAAAACCCUCACAACCAACCCAGCCUCGUAGCCGGGCACGCGCAUUACGUCAAAGGUGCCGCCGAGGAAACAAUCGGCAAUCUAACGCACAGCACUGCAUGGAAGGAGUCGGGCGCACACGACAAAGCGGCCGCCGUGGACGCGCUGAGGGCUGCGGGGGACAAGAGGGAUCCGCAUAGGCAGGGUUUUGGCGGCGUCGAGGAGACGGCGGGGAAGCUCGUGAGGUGCGAGGGGAUGAGGAGGGAGGGCGAGGAGAGUAAGAGGCAGUGA